AUGGACAACUACAAUCCUACCCAGCUGCCCGUAGAGAGCACGGAAGAACGAGGCUAUGAUAAAGACUCAUACCAGAUCAAAGGCGAAGAGACAGCAGCUGGACAUCCAUCUAACUACACUGGCGUCGAAGACCCCGCACAAUUUGUCUCUCACACAAUUCCGGAUUAUGAGCUCAUUGGAGCAGAAGCAAGUUUUCAGUCACCGUCGUGUGGAUUGAAUCAAGGCGUCCAGGCUCCAGCUCUAGAAUAUAAUGGCUAUGUUCUCUAUGCUUCGUCACAGCCUGUGCCAGAGGAGCUCAUGCGGGAGCCGACCGGAAGCUCGAUCGCAGAACCAGGUGCUGUACUAGACGAGGAGAAUGGACGUACAUACGUUGCUCAUGAGACGGGCAAGUACUAUUUGCCCAAUGAUCCCGCAGAACAGGAUCGAUUAGACCUCCAGCACAAGGCCUUCACAAUCUAUCUGGGUGGUGCACUCUAUCGUGCUCCUAUUGGGCGCCCAGAGUAUGUGCUCGAUAUCGCCACUGGGACGGGGAUAUGGGCGAUUAAAUUUGCCCAAGAACAUCCUCAGGCGACGGUCAUUGGAACUGAUCUCAGCAUGAUACAGCCAACCGACGUUGUACCGAACGUGCAAUUUUUCAAAGAAGACUCAGAACACUCUGACUGGAUUCACCCACACCCUUUCGAUUACGUGCAUCUGCGUCUCGCAGUCAGCUGCUUCGACGAUCACCGCACGGUCAUUCGCAAAUCCUUCGAGAGCUUGAGACCAGGCGGCUGGAUCGAACUUAUGGACCCUGUGUUCCAGACACUGUGUGACGACAACACUCUUCAAGGCACGCAUUUAGAAAGGCUGAAUCGGAUAAUGAUUGAGGCAGGACUGGCCAUUGGUCGAGACUUGAAGAAGCCACUCAAUUACAAGCGGUGGCUAAUUGAGGCUGGUUUCGUGGAUGUUGUCGAGGAGGUCGGGCCCGGCCCGGCAAACGAGGUCGAGGAGCUCCUCCGUAUGGCCAGCAUUGAUGUUCGCGAUACUCGUAUUCACUAUUACUACCCGAUUUAUGUGGUCUAUGGCCGGAAGCCCCUUGAGUGGGAGACCGGGCAGUAG